AUGAAUUCGAAGUAUUUGUUUGCACAAAUUCAAAUGAUGAUCACAUUGUUCUUAUUUUGGUAUUCCUCACUCCCAAUUAUAUUCUAUGGGAGUUUCUUCAACUUCAAAGCAACUAAAUCGCAUAAAAAUGAUAAAAAGUUCAUGGAUGUCGUGUUACCUAUUGGAAUGUUUACACUCUACAUCAGUAUUAUGCUUUGUUUAACAAUAUAUUUUGUCAUUUACGGAUAUCAGCACAUAUCGGCAUAUGUGAUUUAUAUUCUUGGAAUAACUCCAUGUAUAUUGUAUAUAAUUCAAGGUGUUUUAGAUUCAUUUCUAAUAAAUACCUUGAAAGAUAGGUCCUCUUUCUUAAUUAUCCCGCUGGUAGCCCUUAUUAUAGGAAAUACAAUACUUCUUAUAGAACUACUUCUUAAUCAUUCUCAUAUUUGGCUAGUUAAAAUACCGAUAAUCAUCUCUAUCCUUACAAAGUCGUGCGUUUUGGCUACAUGCUUCUAUCAUAAGUAUCAUGCACGCAAUUUAGCGCCAGCUCCUCUAAUUGCGGAGGAGUCAUCCGAUGAUGAAUUUACCGAUAGCAAUAACGAAGCCCCUAAGCAAGCAAUUUAA